AUGGCCCUGAACGUUCUCAACACCACAUACAGCCUCGCGAAAGCCCAGUUGGAUGCAACGAAAAAGACAUCACGGAUCUCGGGCUACUUUUCCGGCUACUACAACUACUUUAAACGCGACUCUGGAUCGUCUCCCACAUCAACAGCAUCCCCUUCUUCUGACAUAUCCACGCCAAACGGUAUAUUGAGAGCACAUGUUGUCAAGGCCGAGUGCUGUUUACUGAUCGCCGUGCUGCAGCUGCUUCAAGAAAGUGUCAUGAGUUAUGUCAAAUGUGGCCUAAAUCUCCGUCGAGCGUAUGCCAGCUACAACUUCGUGUGGCAGAAAUACAAGGCAAUGGGAGACGAUGCUUGUAAAUACAUGGACCGUGAUACGAUAUCUGGAGUACAAUUUGGGAUUGGAUCGGUGCACUUUGUGCUUUCUGCAUUACCAGCUAAAAUAUGGAAGGCAAUUUCGGUACUCGGCUGGAAACCCGACAAAGAGCUCGGCUUUAAGCUUCUGAAAGAAUGCGCUGAUAACAAGCGCAUAAGGUCUUCCAUGGCAACUGUCAUGCUUCUUGCGUAUUAUGCCACAGCCGCAUCCUUUACACCGCAAAUUCUUUCCGAGCAAUACACAAAGAUCGCCAUGGAAACGCUACUGGAAGCGCAACGGUAUUAUCCAAACUCUGCACUCUACUUGUUCUUUGCAGGCCGGAUAUCCCGGCUGGCACUUGACCUAUCACUCUCGACGCAAUCUUAUCUCUAUGCUGCCGAAAUGACCAAAAACGAUUGGGCGGAAACAGCCGUGGCCAAUGCCUGCCGCUACGAAAUCGCAGUGAACCAUAUGAUUACCGGCAACUGGAACGAAGCUGCAUCCAGUUUUGAACAACUCCACAAAGAGAAAUAUUGGUCGCCUGCAUUCUGUAAAUAUAUGCAGGGCUCAUGUUUGGAAAUGGCUGGUAACCGUUCCGCCGCCAUUUUGGCUUAUGCUGAAGUGCCUCGUCUCGUGGUCAAGAAGCUGGGCGGACGCAUGUCAGACAUUGAUGCAUAUGCUCUGCGCAAAGUGCAGCUGUUUCAGAGCAGCGGAUAUCAAGAGCUGGAUUUACAUGUUCCGAUAUUGGAGUUUAUGUGUAUUUGGAACUUGUUCCACUUUAUGGAUAAGCCUCGCUUGGACUAUUGCCUGAGGUCUGUCAAUAAGGCGCUGGAGACGAUCCAGAUCCAGGAGCAGGAAGAAUAUGACAAGCGCAGCCAAGAACUGGCACCCGAAACUUCACCGCCAGACCAUUUCGAUAAGCGAGCGACGCUGCUGUUAGUCAAGGCUGCUCUCCAGAAUGUCAAAGGGAACGAUCCCGCGGAAAACACGAUUAUUUUGAACUGGAUUAUUGAUCACAAGGAUAAUUUGGCAACCGAGUCUUGGGUAGUUCCCUAUGCUUUGUGGGAGGCUGGCGUUGCAUGCUGGAACGUCAACAAUCGGAACCGUAGUAGACAUGUGUGGGAAAUGGCGUUAGAAUUUUCAAGCUAUGAUUUCGAAUACCGUCUUGCAGUGGUGAGUAUAAAUAUUAUUGGGUGGGAGGCAUCAACAACAACUAAAAAGGAGAGAGAACUUACACUGCUAUUGUGCAUGUAG